AUGACAGCAGCACAGCUUGUCUUCUAUCUGACAUGUCUGUCUAUGGGGAAAAUGGCUCAGAUGGAUACCUUGAAAAUAUUCGCAUCUGUUCAUCAGCAGAAUCGUUUUCUAUCUGGUACAACUGGAGACGACGUGACUCUGCAAUGUUUCUACGAAGGAGAUGCAGUGAUGCUUUACUGGUACAAGCAAACUCUUGGACAGAAACCAAGGCUCAUCUCUACCUUCUACAAGCACGACAUAAACGCUACUUUUCACAAUGAAUUCAAGGGGGAUCCACGCUUCACGCUGUUUGCUGCAAAAGGUGAAAAUCACCUGAAGAUAACAGAUCUGCACGCUUCAGAUUCAGCUACUUACUUCUGUGCAAGUAGUUAUUUGUACACACUGGAAUUUGCGGAGGGCAUUAUCAUCAAUGUAAACCAGUCAGGUUGGAACAUCCGAACUUUGGUCCAGCAGUCGGCAUCUCAGACCGUCCAACCGGGAGACUCUGUGACUCUGAACUGUACGGUACAAACUGGGACCUGUGAUGGAGAACACAGUGUUCACUGGUUCAAAAGCGAAGAAGAUUCUCAACCCGGACUCAUUUACACCCACGGAGGCAGGAACGAUCAGUGUGAGAGAAAACCCAACGCACAAACCUGUGUCUACAACCUGCCGAUGAAGAGCCUGAACCUGUCUCAUGCUGGGACCUACUACUGUGCUGUCGCCUCAUGUGGACACAUUCUGUUUGGAAACGGGACCAAGCUGGACUUUGAGGAUGAGGGAGACUCUCUCGUCUUGGUGUACGUCUUGGGCGCGGCUGUCGCAUUCACCACCAUCCUGAGUGUUUUAUUGCUGAUCGACAAGAUAAAUACAUGCCUUUGUGCAGAAUGUCAUGCAAGACUUUCAGAUCCCUCCACAAAGACAGGAGAGGGACACAAACCUGAUGACCACCUCUGCUACAUCGCUUUGAGGGCGAUCAAUAGGUCAAGAAGACAGAAGGAUGAAACCUGGAGUGAAUGUGUGUACUUCAAUGUAAGGCAGUAGAGUUGGACGUGUUUCAUCUUUGUUUAAUUGAAACAUCUUUAUAUUAACUCAAAGUAUAAUAUACCUUCUGUAAAGACUUUUUUUUUUUUAGCGAUUUCAGGCAAAUGUUAUAACUGCAAAGCCUUCUGCUCCUGUAAACUCUUUAAAUAAACUUUUCAAUCACU